AUGGCUGACGAACACCAGCAGGACCAGCCAGGAGAAGGGGGAGAGAAUGACGCCAAUGUCGAGCCAGCCGUCCUCAACCCCGCACUUGUGGCAGCCAUGGAGGACUGGCUUCGACGAAAUCAGCGCAAUUUUGGGCAGUCGAUUCUCCAAGUGCAUGAAGAGGGAGAGGGAGCCCUUCUAGAGGAAGGACGUGGGCACCAAGCUGUCAAUCCUCCCCUCCCAGCGGACAUCCCUCAUCCUCAAGCUGGGAGGGAGGGUAAUGAGGACCUCCAGAGGAUGAUAUUAGAGGAGCUCAGGUUGGCUCGCCAGGCUAGGGAGAGAAGGGGAAGAGGAAGGCGUGGCAGGGGACGCAGUCGUGGCGGAAGGGGAUGGCGCGGUGGGAGGGGCGGAAGAGGCGGCGGAGGCAGCCGCCCACGUGGUUGGGUAGAAUUUUAA